AGUUCCCUCGUGGUCGUGGCGGCCGUGAUGUUGAUCUCAAUUCAUCCCUGUAAAAACAUUCUCAAUCAUGUGCAACCACUGCCUUGUCGCACCUUGAAGAGAUCUUGGAUGAUCUUGUUCAACAUCGGGGGAGAAUUUAUUCAAUCGUCCUGAUCGGUCAUUAUCCGAACCUGCAUUAGUUUUCGUAAAACCUUCGGCAGACGCGAACGAAGAAUGUCACUUAAAGACAAGGCGUAUUCCCAUCCUGCUCUGCAGCCAGGGAAAAUUGCGGUGAUUACCGGUGCUGCAAAUGGGAUCGGAAAAGCGUGUGCGCAGACCUGCGCAUCGCGUGGCAUGAAAGUUGCGAUGGCCGAUAUCCAGGCCGAGAAGCUGCAACAGGUCGCGGACGAAUUCUUGGCAGGGGGUGUUUGUACUGCCCCCGAGAAUCUGCUUGUGGUGCCAACGGAUGUCACCAGUCUCGAACAAAAUCAGCAACUGUGCGAGAAAGUGUACGCCACUUUCGGUGGCUGCGAUUUCGCGCUGUUCAAUGUGGGCAUCAGCACGGGUAAAGGGGCAAAUCCACUCUUUCUUGACCUCGAAAAGUGGAAGCGAACCCUGGACAUUAACCUCUGGAGUACGAUAUAUGGGAUUCACUGUUUCGUGCCGAGGAUGAUUGCGCAGGCGGAUAUCCAGGAAAAAACACCCAUCCACAUCCAAUUUGUCAUGCAAAAGAUACAUAAAAUUCUGUGUUUGUCAUGCAAAAAAUGGAUGUGGAUGGGUUUUCUUCUGUGGAUAGCGGAAGCGGAAGGGGAGAAGAGUGAGCCGCGCAUCGUCGGCGCAACUUCCAGUCGACAGGGGCUGACCCUGAACCCCGGGGACACGCCGUACGUGAUAACGAAGGUGGGGCAGCGUGCAGUCAUGGAGUCGGUAGAGCACGAGUUACGCAACCUGCCCGGAAACCACAAGCUUCGGGGCGUAUGCCUGUUCCCAGGCCGAACGGUUACCGACAUCGUGGCAAGCCUAGUGGUAUCAACAGUAAAAAUGUCUGGGUCUGGAAACUUGUGAUGCUGGGCGGCGUCUCAUGAUGAGGCUACAAAUGCUGGCUCACCAUGACAAGUUUCUGAGCUCCUACUAGGUGUUGCCUAUUGUGCAUGACAAACUGCGCUUCUGCAUCACAGGAAAACGGAGCUCUUGGGUAACGUGCAUGACAGAUUUAAGAGUCAUGCCAGACAAGCAUGACAAACAUCAAUUCUUCCAGACCCAGACAUCAUUGCAUUUGAUAAGUGGAAUACGACGGAGAUAAGGAAAGAGCAGCGGAUAUUCGAAAAGACCUGACGAAGGCAUGGGGACCGGACGCCAUGCCGGUACAAUUUGUCCAUCUUGAACACAUGUUUUCUAUUUCUUUUCGUCGUUUCGCCACCAGAUCAAAGGAAAUUUCCCGUAACUAAUUUAUUUUUAUGCCACUUUCUACUUCAUACAAAUACACCAGGUGGAGCAUCCGGUUGAAGUUUUGUUUGAUGCUAUCGAGGAGGGCAAGUUCUAUGCUGUGUGCACGGACCACUACAAGACGAAAAACGCCUGUUUGGGUGAGGUCCGUUCGAGUGCAGCGGAUGUCUGCGAAAAUCGCCCCCCGGCAAGCCGCUGGCAUUCGGAAUGGCAAGAGAAAUUUCUUCAAGAAAAUCCCGAGGCAAAAAAAGUUGAUCUGAAGGGGGAAGUUCGGGGGUUUUGAUGAUUGGCAGUCCAGUUGUCACCAAGAAGCAGUAGAUGUGCGCGCGCGCGCAUUAUAUCGUCGCUGCCGUAUGUGACCGAAUGGUUGUAGUCGCGAUCAAAAACAUACAACAUCAAUAUGUGAACGCGUCUAGGACGAUUACGCACCUCCAGCAGGAGUUAGUGCCUGUAUCCGCAGCAUGAGCAGGAUGCAUUAUGAUCCGUGGCUGGC